AUGGAACCAUUGCCGCAAGCAAUCAAUGACGCAAACUUUUCCAUAUCAAUAGCGCAACCACUAGCUAACACUCCUAAGAUGAUCGCAAAUUUCUCGAUUAAUUCCCUGUCAACCCCUGUGAUAUCUGAACUUGUUUGUGGAUUGUGGAAAAAAAUUCUGGCCGUAUUGCCAUCAUUUGAGGAGCCAUACCCCGGUUUUGGUUUGUCAACUAUUAGAGACAGCUUGGCUCUGAACUUUGCUUGGAUUCGUUUUUUGUUUGCUUCGACUAUAGCUUUGUUUUCAGGCCCACGAACCUGCCAAGAUUUAAUUGGCAGGCGGUAUCCAAUAUGGAGUAAGCAUUCAAAAAAACGAAUCCAGCAGUGUAAAGUUGACAAACCAAACCGGAGUUGGAAUUUGAGAAAGCCACUUUCUUCUCUAGAACUUCAGCAAGAAGUGGAUAAAAUAACCGAGGAUUUUUCCGACUUCUUAGAUGUUGAUCCCGAUUACAAUAACUCUGGCAGCGAGUUGAGUGGGGAGUCCAAUAAUGAAUCCAGUCCAUCAGAUGAUGACGAAUUAAUACAGGAUGAAGGUCACGAACCCGAGCCGACAGCAUUAGAUCCCUCAAAUAAACAAUUUGAUUUUGUUUGGUACGACUACUGUGGGAAUCAUCAAACAUUUCAAUUCACCGGUAAUGAAGGUAUUCAAGUAGAUGUAGCAGACAAUUUUACACCCCUCAAUGCAUUUCAACUAUUUUUUUCGUCUGAUCUAAUAGCUCUCAUAGUGGAAGAAACAAACCGCUAUGCGGAAUUUACAAUUUCGAAUACAAAACUAACUCGGAAAUCAAGACUAAAUCAAUGGAACCCUACAAAUGAACUGGAAAUUCAGAAAUUUGUUGGUUUAUAUAGUUGGAUGGGUCUAAAUAGUCGACCUACUCAUGCAUCAUAUUGGUCCACCGAUGUAUUAUAUAAAAAUCAAGUAUCUCAAGUAUUAUCAAGAAAUCGUUUCGAAAUGCUUUUGAGGAUGAUUCAUUUUAGCAGCAGGGAACACGAGAAUAACAAUGAUAGACUCUACAAGAUCAGACCUGUUCUUGAUAUGUUGAAUAACUCUUUUCAGCAGACUUAUACAGUUGGAAAAGAAAUGGUAAUAGAUGAAAGCAUGAUACCAUGGAGAGGCAGACUGAAAUUUCGCCAGUACAUACCAUCCAAGAGUCACAAAUACUGGGUAAAACUUUUUAAAUUAUGCAGUCCAAAUGGUUAUACAUGGAAAUGUCUAAUUUAUACUGGCCGUAGUGAAGAACAGCGUACUGCUGGACUUGGGAUUGGUGAAUCUGUCGUAUUGAUCUUGACUGAAGGAUUAUUGAACGAAGGAAGAAUUCUGUAUACUGACAACUUUUGUACUAGUUGUCCAUUAGCCAGAAUUCUUCUAAGCAAAAGUACACAUCUAGUAGGUACGCUUAGACGGUCCAGAAAAUACCUCCCAAAAGAUGUCACGACCAAGAAGCUCAAAAAACAUGAGUACAUUGCGCGAGAAACUAAUGUUGGGAUCGUCGUUUCCAAAUGGAAAGAUGCUAGGGACGUACUUAUGUUAUCUACAGUUCACGGAAUUGGCAUGAGAGUUCCGCCACCUUCGAGUAAACGAAAGAGAGCAUUUUCUCCAAGCUGCAGUAACGAGGAGCCCACUCCAAAAAAGAAAAAAGAAACAAACAAAACCCCAACAUUGAAACCAGACGCAAUUAUUGCUUAUAAUAAUGGCAAGUGUGGUAUUGACAAGUCCGACCAAAUGGCGUCCUACAGUACAUGCAAUCGUCAAAUGGUACCGAAAGAAAAGGAUCUCUCUGAGCGAACUGUUGUGCCAACAAUAGAGAGAUAUUUAUUAACCAGUUCUUUAAAUAUCUCCGAGGAAGAACUGGAGCUAUUCCAGUACAAAAAGGGAUUCGAAUUUAGGGGUAUGAUAUGA